CAAAAACAGCUCCCACGUACUUGUCCCGGACAGUGUGUCCUCGGCUCGGAUCCCUGGCGGUAACAUUAGCCACAGAAACAUGCUCUUUGCUCGGACUGUGACGCCUGUUUUUUUCCUCGCCACCUCUGGUCGAGGUUUGUGAUGCGAGCCGAGCUGCAGCACGACAGAGGGUGAGACAAGAGCCACACAGUCGGAAAAUAUUUUGUAUCUUGACACAGAAGAAUGGACUUUGUCGGGGGGGAGCUUAAAGCAGCAGUGAUGCGACCGUACACGGGCCUGAGUGUCAUUGUUGGGCUACAACUUUAGCAAGCUAGCUAACAUUAGCUCGCUCAAAUUCAUGCAAAUGAAUUGGUUUGGUGUCGGGCUCUGAGCUCACUCUGCUAGCGUAAUGGAGGCACCCUGAGUGGCUUGUUCAUUCCAGCUGACUGUCCUGGUCCUCUUAAAUACUGCUGGCAAUGUGCUGACGACCAGGGAGCAGUAGGACGCGGUUAACAGAAAUUAUUAAGUGGUAGCUGAGGCUGCCUGACUUGGUGAUAGUUGAGCAAAGUUGCCUAGUUUGUCAGAUAAAUACAGAGACAGUGUUUCUCACUGGUAUCACAUAUUUAUUGUAUUGAUAUUUGUGUGGAAUUGCACUUUAUCUUACAUUUAAAAGGAUGCAACAAAGUCACUUUUGAUUUGGACUAGUGAAAAAUAUAAUUUAAAUCACUUUGUCCCCCCCCAAAAAACUAACCGGGCAAUACAUAGGUAUAACUUUCUGAUUGCACUUAGAUAUAAUUUGGUCAAUAAAGGACCACUAUAGGUGCACAUCUACAUGUCUUGUAGUGAGAAGGCCAGAGACGGACUUAUCCUUAGUUACUGUUUAACCUAAUAUCCAGGCUGUCUGGCACAGUUAAAGACUGAGUUUCACUGGAAAUGAAAACAUGAAUAUCGAAGAGCAGUGUUUAGAUUUGUGCAAUGUAAAGACAAAAAGUAACAUGGAUGAUGAACAUAACACUACCAACAACACCGACGGGGUCAUCCCCCGGAUCUCUGAACUGAUGAUGGACAGUAACGCAGAAAAACAAAAAAAUGUUCCCACAGAGGCCUCUGAAACGUACCUGUUGCCUCAGCUCACAGACAACCUUCAGGUGGCGGAGGAGGAUAACCACCAGGCACAAGACACACUGGAAAUUGACGAGGUCAAUGGAAAUAGAAAGAGCAGUGCUCAAGACAACCCUGCUUUAGCAAAUCCCACUGACUUAAUCUUUUCUAAUGAUGAGCAGCAUAAGGACAAUAUUGGGGUGGAGAAAAGGAAGGACGAUAAGGACACUGCAAAGUUUGUUGUGGGAGAAGGGGAUGAUGGCGGGGACAUGGACAUUGGUGUGGAUCUGAGUCUCGAUGAGAGCGGGGUGUUGGAGGCAGAAUCGACAAAUGUCGGAUCAUUGUCAGACAAUACUUUAGACUCAAAGUUGACAACUCAAGAUGCCCCAGCUGGCAGCGUGGCAGACAGCCUGUCAGAGGCAAGCCAGACAAGUAGCACAGAAGCUUCAGCCUCAGACCAGGCUGUGCUGUACCCCGUGGUGCAGGAGGGGGACGAUAAACACAAACCAAGUGGCAAACAUGUGACGUUUCCCACAGAUGAGGAUAUUGUCUCUGGAGCAGUGGAGCCCAAGGACCCCUGGAGACAUGCUCAGAAUGUGACGGUGGACGAGAUCCUCUCCUCCUACAAACAGGCCUGUCAGAAGCUCAACUGUAAACCCAUUCCCAAAGUGCUCAAGCAGAUACAGGAACUGAAAGACCUGACACAGCGAAAUGAAUGCUUAGAUCUAAAAGGUGAGAAGUUGGACUACAAAGCAUGUGAGUCUCUGGAAGAGAUUUUGAAGAGAGUCCAGUUUAAAGUGAUCGACCUAGAGCAGACCAACCUGGAUGAAGAUGGUGCAUCGGCUCUGUUUGACAUGAUAGAGUACUAUGAGUCGGCCACACAUCUCAACAUCUCCUUCAACAAGCACAUUGGCACUCGGGGAUGGCAGGCUGCAGCUCACAUGAUGAGAAAGACGAGCUCUCUGCAGUAUCUCGAUGCACGCAACACUCCUCUGCUGGACCACUCGGCUCCCUUUGUGGCGCGAGCGCUGAGGAUCAGUGGCAGCCUGGCAGUCCUCCACCUGGAGAACGCUGGUCUGUCUGGCAGACCGCUCAUGUUGCUGGCUACGGCACUGAAGAUGAAUAUGAACCUACGGGAGUUGUACCUGGCAGAUAAUAAACUCAAUGGCCUGCAGGAUUCAGCACAGCUUGGCAACUUGCUGAAGUUCAACUACAACAUCCAGAUCCUGGACCUGCGCAACAAUCACAUCCUAGACUCUGGUUUGGCCUACGUGUGUGAAGGCCUAAAAGAGCAGAGGAAAGGCCUCGUCACUUUGGUGCUAUGGAACAACCAGCUCACACACAACGGCAUGGGCUACCUCGCUGCUGCACUGCCUUGCACCCAGAGUCUGGAGACUCUGAACCUCGGCCAUAACUCUGUGGGUAACGAAGGGGUACACAAGCUGAAAGAUGGACUGAUCGCCAACCGCUCUGUGCUCAGACUGGGCCUCGCCUCCACCAAGCUGUCCUGCGAAGGAGCUGUGGCUGUGGCUGAAUUCAUUGCAGAGAGCCCCAGACUACUGCGACUGGACCUUCGAGAAAAUGAGAUCAAGACAGGGGGACUGAUGGCUCUGUCGCUCGCCCUAAAAGUCAACACCUCUCUGCUCCGUCUCGACCUCGACCGGGAGCCCAAGAAAGAAACUGUUAAAAGUUUCAUUGAGACCCAGCGUGCACUGCUCUCUGAGAUCCAGAACGGCUGUAAGAGAAACUUCAUCCUGGCCAAAGAGAAGGAGGAAACAGAGCAGAAGAUGAGGCAGUCGGCAUCCAUGGCUGAAAUCGCCACUGAGGAUGGAACCAGAGAAGAGGAGGAAGAACCAGCAUCAGAAGAGCAACGCGACAAAGAGGGUAAAGAAGAAGAAGAAACAACAGGAAGCAAAGGACAGACCAGCAACCAGUCAGGAGCGAGCUCUGAGACGAGCACUCCUCAGAUACACCUGGAGUCGGACUCGGACACGGAGGAUGACGAGGAAGAGGAGGUGGUAACAACAUCCUCAAACUCCUCUAGUUCAAACCAGACUGCUCCUCAAACCCAGGCCGGGGUCGCACAGCCCCCCCUCAGUGCCUCACGUACAUCCCCGGCUGCCUCACCUACCAGCGGGCCAAGCGUCAUAUCGGGCAUCACCGUCACAGAAGCCACAGUUCCUCCCGGCACGCCUCCAUCACCGGGACGCUGUAUAUCCGUCUCAAGUCCAGGGAGGGGUCAUAAGAUCUUCAUGGUAACUCGGGUGGAGAGCCCACCUGACCAGCAGCAGCUAAAACUCCUGAUGAACACACCUGCAGCCAGCAGCCAGGCUAAAGAGGCCUCAAAGAAGCCUUCAGUUGCAAGUACACAGCAGACAGCCCCGCCGCCCGCAUCUCAAACACAACUGAGCUCCCCUGCUCCGUCAACAGACUGUCCUGUGACAGAGCAGAGUCCAGUAGCACCCGUAGAAUCCACACUAAAUUCUACACAGACCAACACACUAGAGCCACAGUCUGAGGACGUCAUAGCUAGCACUUUAGACACAGAAGUGAGAGAUCCAAGUCUACAAGCACCAGUCCUGCCUUUAAGUUCCUCACAGGUGCAGGCUGUAGCAUUUCAGUUCAAUGAGGAAGUAACAGAGAGCACUAAAAGCCCCGAACCUGAGCCCACUUCUGUAGAACAGCAGCCUGCUGAUGAAAAGAAGGAAGAAGAGGAGCAGAAAGAGGGUGUACUAGAGGAGGAGAAACAUGUAAUGUCACCAGAAAGCACAGAAGGAGAGCGUAAACAACCGUUAGCGUUUGUACUUGAACAGUUACAGAAUGAGCUAGCAUCUGCAUCAGAGGAGACGCAGUCAUCAAACCAAACGAAGGAAGACGACGAGGCUCUUCCACAACAGGAGAAUCAGGAGGCUGAAAAACCUUUAACAGAGGAAGAGUACAGCCAGCCAAGCCAAGAAAAAACAAGUCUAAAGCCAGACGAAGAACAGCAGCAAACUGAACCAGAUGAAGAGGAAGUGGUUCAGCCUGUUCAGACUGACAAACAGGCACAAGGAGGAGCACAAGAGGCGAAUCCUCCAGCAGGAGAGGCCUCAGAGAGCCCCGACCCCGCCAUAUCCUCAGCUGCCUCAACCGGGUCUGAAACUGCUGCGAGUUCAAACUCACCUUUCGAGGUGGACGAAUCACCUGAUGAGAGCUCUGCCGAUGAAGGCGAGUGUUUCCCCGAGGCUCUGAUCAGCGUGGAGGAGGAGGUUGUGAGUUCAGCUCUGCCCAACGGCCUGAAGCCCGAGUUCUCCCUCCAUCUUCUCGACUCUGAGAGCCCAAAACCAGGCAGCUGUGUGAUAGAGCACGUGAGUGUGAGCUGCGGUCAAGACCUGGAGGAGCUGCUGCUAGAAGCCAGUUUGGAGACAGGGAGAGACGCACCAUGAGGUCAUGAGGGACUGCGACGACAGGAGAAAACACCACUCAGAUAGUUUGUCUGGCUCUACUACAUGACUGGUUGCCCCUACAGUACAAUGUUCUGUCAUUUCUUUGACUUUAUUACCAAAACAACCGUUCCACAAACAAAGGACACGAGGACCUGGUGUUACAGUCGAAGCUCUAAUACAAGAAAAAAAAAAAAAACACAAAGCAAAUUAUGGAAAGGACAAAAUCAACUUCUCGACCUUGGCUGUGACGAAUAAGGAAUCCUCUACAUCCACACUACAUCAACCACUGAAACACAUCUACAUAUGCACAUUGAGGAAAGGGGGGGGGGGAAAUAAAAUCACCCUGUUAUCACUACAUCUUGUCAUUCUGCAAUCUUUACCUGUUAGCAACAAAGAAGAGAGAUGGGGGGACAAAUAGGAGGGAGGAUAAAACACUAACCAAAGACAGACCUUUCUCACACCCCUGCUUGCUCUCUUGUGUAGAUAUCCACUGAAGUUGGGAAAAGUACAAGCAAUUAAAGUUUUUUGGUUUUGUUUUUUUUUUCUUUGUUUCUUGACACAAAGACAUAAAGUUGUGUUUGGACAAUGGUGUCGACAGCACCACUCAGAAGACACACAGACCCUGCUGGCUUUAAACACUUGUUGUAGAGGUGGAAGUGGGUCACUGUCAAAGGCUUUUAUAUCUGAGCAAGCUGAAGAUUUCAACACGUCUGUUUAAAUGUUUCGUCUGUGUCCCCACAUCCCAACGAUUAUUCCCCUCAUAAAAAAAAAAAACAACAACAAAAAAGUCUAAACUCUAAGGGACCUCUGCCAAGGUGACCUCCCUCUUGUCUGUUUUCUCGUCCUCUGCUCACUUUGGCCCCUCAGGAAUCAGCAUCCCCCAUCCUCCCGCCUGCCUCCGCUACAACAAAAACUGCUUCUUCUUUUUUUUUUAAAGAAAAACCCAGAACUUCUGCAAAUGUUGGAAAGUAAGACGUCUGCCUUUUGGUUGAGUUAUUUACAGUAAAGAGAAAAAAAAAGUUGUCUUUUUCUUUUUUCUCUGCAACUUCAGACACUAUCGUCGCUUUGUCCGACCAGUCGUCACUCUGUGAAACUCUUCAAAACGUAAAGAGAAGCAGCUUGGUCUCUGUUGUCAUCUCCCCUCUUUUUCCUCCUGUGUCCCUCAGUCUUCCACUCGUACCUCUCGGCUCCAGCUCAUCAUCCAUGUUGCCUUCAUCCUUCACCACUUCUCUUCAGACUCCUCUUUGUUUCCGUUUGGCUACUUUGAGAAAUCAGUUAUUUUGUAUUUAUUUUAUAGCUAUAUAUGAGCCUUUUCUGAUUCAUUUCUCCCCCUCCACCCCUCUCUUCAUUUUAUCUUUCCUUUUUUUCCAUUUUGGGGGUUGCUUUUAAAAAAUCCCCCCCCCCUCUUUUUUUGAUGUAUAUUUCAGAUUAGAGCAAAUAUUUAGUUUUGUUUUUGUUUUGUUUUUUUUUGAGGGAGGGGGGCAAUCUGUGAUGGGCGGAAAAGGUAAAUAUGAUUUGAUAGUUGACUACAGUAGCAGUCGGGGUGCAGUUUUGAAAGCAAACACAAGGAAGCAGCAAACAUAAUGGUCCCCUGUUGUUUUAAUGUAACACUACUCUGCUGGGUGAGGAUGUGGCCAUGAGGGGGCGCUGACAGUUACGGUGUUUUCCUGCAGGAGACAACUGAAAGAUAUCACAUACAACACACUGAUCACAUCCAGCUCCUGUCCUGAAUUUCACAGAGCAAAGCAGCAAGACUUCACUUGAAAUGUCAACUUCAUGUAUGUUUGUGAAGAAAAGCUGGUUUUCCAUACUCUGAUUUUUUUUCCUGAAGUAGAUGCAGGCAGGUGUGUGUGUGUGUGUGUUUCUUUUUUUUUCCUUCUUUUUUUCUCCUGGAAAAGAGCAGUGUUUGACCCUCCUGCUCUUCAUUCUCUCCACCCAACAGACAGUUUUGAGAGCUGAAAUCAUCGUUGCUGUGCUGCCCCCCACUGUUUGUAAUGCUUUAAUUUUUAGACAUUUUUAAUAAUUUGUUAACUUAAUUGAAAUGUGCUGGUAAUCACAAAGAUAUGUAUGGCGAAAUUUGUUCCUCUCAAAUAAAUGCAUGUAAUGACUAAUAUGUCUGAAUGUUUCACUGAAAUUACUCAAGUUUGAGACUUUUUUUUUUCUUCCUUUCUUUUCUGUCUUUUUUUUUUUUUUGCAUGAAAAACAGGAGAAAUCUGUUUUCAGAUGGAGUUUGGUUGGGAUAUUUGGAUACAACUGGUGACUUUCCGAUGUGUGUUGCAGAGAAUCAAAUCAAUAUAUCACUUAUAUAAGAAUAGUACUGGUUAAUAAAUCUACAUGAAAACGA